GGGCGUCCCUCCGCUCCGCGACUUCCCGGCCGUCGCUCUAGCGCGCCCGGAUCUGGCCCCCUGCCCCGCGAAGAUGGCUGCCGUACGCCGGGCCCGCAGUUAUUGCCGCUGCCUGGUGCGCUUCUCCGACCGAGAACUCUGCUAAGCCCCGUUGCAGCAGACGGGCAGGAGUAGACACCCGGACACCCAGCACACCUCCUCGGGGGAGCGGUGCAGAGGGGGCGCGGAAAGCCCCUCGACCGCGGCGGGCUGCCCCGCCAGCAUGCCGGGACCCGAUGUGAGGAAGAGCGGGUGUGCAGGACAGCGGAGAAGAAUGCCUCUUCUUGGUUCGCUGAGGACAUUGAGCCAGUCUUACCCCCCUCGAGGGAUUUUAUCAAGAGCAGUGAGCAUAGGUUGAGGCAGAAGCUGAGGAAGAUUGUCAUUCUGAUACUGUCAGAGCAGAAGAUCAAGAAAAUGAAAGCCCUGCUGAAACCGAUCUGCAGGCACAGCUCCAGAUGUUCCGAGCUCAGUGGAUGUUUGAACUUGCUCCAGGUGUAGGCUCCAGCAAUUUAGAAACUCGGCCUAGCAGAGCAACAAAAGGCUCUUUACUGAAAGCAGCAGACACCAAAGGAAAGCAAGAACUGGCAAAAGAAGAAAAGGCUCGAGAACUCUUCCUAAAAGCAGUAGAAGAAGAACAGAAUGGAGCUCUCUAUGAAGCCAUCAAGUUUUAUCGUAGGGCUAUGCAGCUUGUACCUGAUAUAGAGUUCAAGAUUACUUAUACCCGGUCUCCAGAUGGUGAUGGCGUUGGAAACAGCUACAUGGAAGAUAAUGAUGAUGACAGCAAGAUGGCAGACCUCUUGUCGUGCUUCCAGCAGCAGCUCACGUUUCAGGAGUCUGUGCUCAAACUGUGUCAGCCUGAGCUGGAGAGCAAUCAGACUCACAUAUCAGUGUUGCCAAUGGAGGUCCUGAUGUACAUCUUCCGAUGGGUGGUGUCUAGUGACUUGGACCUCAGGUCAUUAGAGCAGUUAUCGCAGGUGUGCAGAGGAUUCUAUAUCUGUGCCAGAGACCCUGAGAUAUGGCGCUUGGCCUGCUUGAAAGUUUGGGGCAGAAGCUGUAUUAAACUUGUUCCAUACACAUCCUGGAGAGAGAUGUUUUUAGAAAGGCCCCGUGUUCGGUUUGAUGGAGUGUAUAUCAGUAAAACGACAUAUAUUCGUCAAGGGGAACAGUCUCUUGAUGGUUUCUAUAGAGCCUGGCACCAAGUGGAAUAUUACAGGUACAUAAGAUUCUUCCCUGAUGGCCAUGUGAUGGUGUUGACAACCCCUGAGGAGCCUCAGUCCAUUGUUCCUCGUUUAAGAACUAGGAAUACCAGAACGGAUGCAAUUCUUUUGGGUCAUUAUCGCUUGUCACAAGAUACAGACAAUCAGACCAAAGUAUUUGCUGUGAUAACUAAGAAAAAAGAAGAGAAACCACUUGACUACAAAUACAGGUAUUUCCGUCGUGUCCCCGUACAAGAAGCAGACCAGAGCUUUCACGUGGGGCUCCAGCUGUGUUCCAGUGGCCACCAGAGAUUCAACAAACUCAUCUGGAUACAUCACUCUUGUCACGUUACUUACAAAUCAACUGGUGAGACUGCAGUUACUGCUUUUGAGAUUGACAAGAUGUACACCCCCUUGUUCUUUGCCAGAGUGAGAAGCUACACCGCUUUCUCGGAGAGGCCUCUGUAGGGCCUCGCAUCCAGUCCUCUGUCACUGUUGCAUGAAUAAAAGCAUAUAGAGCAAAAGAACACCUAAGUUAUAAAUGUACAUACAUAUAUAUAUGGAGUUGGGACUUAUUUUACAUUGUUAGAGUUCUUUUAAGAAGAGUAUAAAUUGAUUAUUUUUUUUAUUUAAAGGGAUAGUUGAUACUUGGGGUAUUUUGUUUUGAAAUUAAGAAGUUGGGAUUACAAGUUGUUUAAGCACAUUUAUGUUGUGAAAAACCUUCAAAUGAGCUUUAAAUCAUGUCCUUUUUCAAGAGGAUCUCUGAGCAGAUUUCUGUCACGCAAGUCUCCUUCCGCCUGGUCAUCCCGAUAUUUAAUUGCUUUGAGGGAGGGCUCCACGGGGUCAGCAUUUCUUUCACGCAUGACAUAGUGUCUUUGCACUAAAGGCUCAAAAUGUGAAAACUUGUUCUGAAUUUGUUUGAAACUGUUUGGCCAAUAAAAAUAAACAUUUCUUUCAAGAAAGUA